AUGAGCGGUGUCAAGGAGCAGCCAGAGCUCUACCUACAAGAGAUUGACCCUUCUCCCCUGGACGAACUGGAUCUUGAAGCUGCAGACGGCUCCUCGAUAGCUGCAGGCAGGCAACAUGAGCUGCCAUCACGGCCAAAGUUGGGCUUAAGCGGCCACAGCUGGGAAUACUGGCUGUCGGCUGUUCAAAAGUACUCUACGUAUCCGCCUACGGUCUUCCUGGGGCUACACUUUACAAACACAGCGCUCAUUCCUCUGGCGACCCGGUCCGUCUCCGAAAGCGAGACCUUUCUCCUCCUGACCCGUCCGAUAUACCAGGCUCCGGGCCUGGAGCCGCUGAUAGUCUACCUGCCCAUCCUCGCGCAUGUCACGUCUGGAGUCGUGCUCCGCUACCUCCGCCAGUCUCGACGUGCCCGUCAGUUCGGCGCAGAGACACGGGAGCAACGAAAGGCCGUCAGGUCGGCUGUGAGACCAGCCAGUGUCCAGGCCAUACUGGGCUACGCGACGGUACCGUUGAUCGGAACACAUAUACUCGUCAACAGGCUUGUUCCGCUCUACGUUGACGGCGGGAGCUCUGGCGUUGGGUUAGGGUAUGUAGCACACGGAAUUGCCCGGUCACCCUGGCUCAUGGGGGCCUGGUAUGCGGCCCUUACCGGUAUCGGAGUCUGGCACUUCGUGGGCGGAUGGGCUUGGUGGUUUGGAUGGAGGGAAGUGCUGGUGACCAGAAAGACGGCACCGUCCCGCACCAGCUCCUCUGGAGCCAAUGGCGGCUAUCUAGGGUCCCAGAAGGGCACCGAGCUCUACCAGAGAAAGAAGAGACGGCGUUGGAUCGUCAAUGGCCUCUCGCUGGCUGGGACAACUCUCUGGCUCGCUGGCGGUCUAGGGGUGAUUGGGACUGGCGGCUUGGGGGUCGGCUGGGAGGCCAAGGGCUGGGAUGCUGUAUACAGCCAGGUCCCGCUACUGGGAAGUCUUUUGGUGCCAGACCGAUAA